CGCUCUUCAGCCCGGUACAUUCAACAAUAGUGGUAACAAUGAAGCGUGUUGAUGUAUCUAUCCCAAAAGAGCGGUUUCUACUCUGUUUAAGCUUUAUUUACUUAUUUGCUUUUGCUUCUUUGUACAUUCAGCUUCCUGGGUUGUACAGUGAGAAUGGUGUGAUGCCUAUUCAAACCUUAUCGUUAAAUGGUGAGUACUCGUUAAUAAUUACUUUAGACAGCACCAAACGACGCAUCGGACUUCAUUAGAAAUCCAAACGUCAUAAGGUUUGCUGAUUUCCUGCAAAUAGAUACAUACACUUGUUUGGAACUUGUGACUGUUGUGGGCAUCGCUUUGUCAUUCCUGUCAAGUUUUUUCAUAGCCUUCCGGACAAUGCCGGUUUUCAUAGCACUGUGGGUGCUCUAUUUCGGUGCCAUGAAGGUUGGUCAAACGUUCUUGUGGUUUCAAUGGGAUAUCUUACUUCUGGAGUCCGGCUUUAUAGCAAUCCUUUUGUCAAGUUUUGGCGCAGUCAUAUCUCUUCCACGAGUGGCAGCUAAUGAUAAAAUAGGGAUGUGGUUGUUACGAUGGCUUCUAUUCCGGCUGAUGUUCGCCUCUGGGGUAGUUAAACUUACCAGUGAAUGUCCUGCUUGGUGGGGUUUAAAAGCAUUACAUUGGCACUAUCAGUCUCAGUGUAUUCCAACUCCUCUAGCUUGGUAUGCACACCACCUUCCAGGAUGGUUUCAUAGCCUGUGUGUCGUUGGUACAUUUAUAAUCGAAAUCCCAAUGCCACUUUUGUUCUUCCUGCCCUUCCGAACUACACGCCUCGUGUCAUUUUAUUCCCAGAUACUUCUUCAACUUUCGAUAAUUUUAACGGGAAACUACAACUUCUUCAAUUUGUUAACGAUUGCUUUAUGUUAUUCCCUAUUGAAAGAUGAUGAUUUCAACUCUCGGCGUAGACGAAAGUGGACCAUGUCUGGAUUAUUGUCUUUUACGACUUCAUGGUUUCUUAUCUUCUCAGUAUUCGGGAUCAGUGGUUAUCUGUUCAACUUUUCCAUUUCCAAUCAUUCAAUUACUACCUCUGUAGGUUUCACUAAAAGGGAAUUUGCUUGGUUCGUAAAUACAGCUGUCAAAUGUAGUAUUUCUCUUGGCAUCGCAUUUUUCUGUGUAGAAGUUCUGCACAGUAUAAUUAUAGCGUUAAGUGCACGUCGGUUUCGAUGCAAACUUUAUGAAUUAGUUGGCGUUAUUCUUAUCGGUUCUAUUGGUUUGACCGUACUUAUGGCUAGUUUGGUACCAUUAGCAUCACUGGAUUCGAGCACACAAUUACCGCCACAAAUUCGUCAAGUUUACAAACAUUUACAACCAUAUUAUAUUACUAAUAGUUAUGGCCUAUUUCGCCGAAUGACUGGAGUUGGUGGUCGACCUGAACUUAUCCUUGAGGCGGCAUCAAGUCCAACUGGUCCAUGGUCUGAAUAUGAAUUCAAUUUUAAACCUGGUCGUGUUGAUAGAAUUCUUCCAAUUGUUAUCCCACAUCAACCGCGUUUAGAUUGGCAAAUGUGGUUUGCUGCGCUUACUAACUAUCGUAAUCAUCCGUGGUUGAUGAAUUUAAUUUAUCGAUUACUGAAUCAACAACCUGAAGUGUUGGAACUGCUCGACAUAUCUAGUCUGCCGAAUAAUCCAAAAUAUAUUCGAGGUCAUCUAUAUACCUACCAUUUCACUGAUUCUCCUAAUAACAAGGACUGGUGGAAACGUACUUUCAAAUCCGAAUACUUAUCACCAGUUACAUUAUCUUCUGAAAUAUUACGUAACGCUGUGGUAGAAAAUGGUUUAGUAGGAAAACGCCGACAUCGUCCACACGAUCCAACUAUCAUAUCAAUCUUAUUAACUCGUCUACGGCAAUUCAUUGGACAACCGCAUGAUUUAUCUCCAUUGGUUAUUGUAUGCAUUAUGUUGGCCAUAACUAAGUAUUCAUUUAAUCGAGCUGGUCAAUCAGUUCGAACAGUUCAUCAGAAUAAAGCUUGAUUUAUCAGAACAAAACUAACUAUUCAAAAGAAAUUUACAUUUUGUGAUGUGUGAUCAUCAUCAUCAUCAUCCUAAGUGUAUGUGUUUGUAGUUAUGUUCAAUUUGUGUGUGCGUGUGCGUGCGUCUGCGUGUGUGUGUACAUUUAUUCUUUCCAUUCCAUUCUCAGUUUUUCUGCCUUCUAUAUAUACGUAUAUAUAUAUUCCAUACUUUUAUU